AUGCAUUGCUUCUACACCACAGCCUCCCGGCACUUUGACGACCUCUUCGCACGCUACGGUGGGCUUAUCAUGAUUCUGAACCUCAUCAAGAAGCAUGAAUCGGUCGCACGUGAAUUGAAGCUCAGCGUUGAGUAUGCACAGUGCAUCAAGUGCCUGAACCAGUUCCUUCUGCGAGACAAGCAGAUGAUUUAUCGCACGUGGGACAUGUCACGGACAUAUAAGGAAAAAAUGCAAGACAUGAUCGGGUACCUGGAAGACAUCAGGGAGGAGUCUAUCUAG